GGCUUAUACAAAUGGUUAAAUUGUAAAUUUUCUUUGAAUUUCAAUUUAAAAGGUCACGUGAGCACAUAAAGAAGAUAUAAAAUCAUUCAUGAAAAAGAAAAGGUAAAAUGUGAGAGAAAAAUGCUAAGGAUUCAAUAUCUAUAUGAACAAAAAAAUAAAUGUUUUUAAAAUAAAGGCUGGGGCAGUUUCAAACCGUAAAGUUUGCCACGAAGAUCGCUUUGCACUUUUGAGAACUUCAAAGAAUGGACACGUAGCGAUGUUGCGAGUUCCACGCGUCCAUUUUCUUUCUAACCUUUUAUUUACCCCAUAAAGCUCUUACUUCACACUUCACUCCUUUUGCUUCCUUCCUUCUUCCUCCUCUAUUCUUUCAAAGUUUUUGGUGUGAAAUUAAGCAAAGAAAAUGAACAGUAAUAGCUUGGACACUCGAUCAUUGCUCCAUGGGUUUGAUAAGGGAGGCCUUUUCGAUUUGGGACAUCCUCUUCUCAACCGUAUUGCUGAAAGCUUCUUCAAAGCUGCUGGGAUUGGUGCUGUUCAAGCUGUUGCUCGUGAGGCUUAUUUCACUGCCUCUGAAAGUACCGGUGGAGAUACUACCAGCAUACCUCCAGAGAUCACUGGUCCCAGGAAGAAUCGAUUUCCAGACCUUAAAGGGGAGACCAACAGAAAGUCGGUUGAGGCCCUGGUAAAGAGCACCGGAAAAGAAUCUGUGCAAUGGGGACUGGCGGCAGGGAUGUACUCUGGACUUACAUAUGGAUUGAAAGAGACACGUGGUGUUCAUGAUUGGAAAAAUAGUGCCUUGGCUGGAGCAAUAACUGGUGCAGCUUUGGCUUUUACACUGGAAGAUCGUUCUCAUGAACAGGUGGUGCAGUGUGCCAUCACAGGAGCAGCUAUCUCGACUGCUGCGAAUCUGCUUACAGGAAUAUUUUAGGCCGAGUAGAAUAUGUUCAGUUGGUGACUUGUUACUACACUCUUCCCAUGCACUGAACUAGACAACUCAACUUUCUAAGUAUGUGGAUAGUGCUGUUUUUGAAAUGAUUAUGGGGCAUCUUUUUGUGCCUUAUUACUUGGGUGGGUUUUGACGUUUAUGGCAAAAUAAUAGUAGAUUAUCUCCCAUUAAGGGAAAUUUCUUGAAA